AUGACUUCAAAUUUGUCAUUUGCAAUUGAUUUAGAACAGUUGGAAAAAGAAAUUCAACAAAGCGAACAAUUAGAAGGAAACAAACAAUUAAAAUCUACAGACUUGAGUGGAAAUAUUGGUGGGAGAAAUGAUUCGAAAAAAGUUUUGGGAAACACUGUUCAGUUUGAUUGCGAGUUUGAUACUUUAGAUGAAAGCAUUAAAGACACUUUGAAUCGAGACUUGAAAAUCCUUUAUGAAAAAUUUUCGCAAGUUUUAUUUCCUCAGAAGAAUGAAAUGAAUGUACUUGCUGAUUGGGAUCUUUGGGGUCCUCUAUUUAUUUGUGUGCUUCUUUCACUUUUAUUGCAAGGAGCUGAGAAGGGAGCACAAUUUACCCAAAUAUUUUCUUUGGCAUUUUUUGGUUCUCUUGUGGUUACGCUUAAUGCUAAAUUGCUUGGAGGAAAAAUUUCAUUCUUCCAAUCCCUCUGUGUUAUUGGAUAUUGUCUACUUCCAUUUGUUUUUUCUUCUAUUGGAAUUAAAUCUGUUCAAUUAUUACUUAUAAAGAAGAUGAAAAUUAAUUUAAUUGUAAGGCUUGUUUUAACUGUUAUUGGACUUGGAUGGGCUUAUUAUGCUUCAACAAAAUUUAUGUCUGGAUCCCAACCACCAAAGAGAAAAAUUCUUUCAUAUUACCCUCUUAUGCUUUUUUAUUUUGUUUUUGCUUGGCUUGUAAUUUCUUAUGCAUAA